AUGUUUAAUAUUAAUUAGCUAAAAUAGAAGUUUAAUAUAGAAGAUUGUUCAGAAUCAGAAAAAGAUGAAACAUAUAAAAAAUCAUCAGAUAAUUAACAAUUAUUUCAAACAUCUUUAUUUUCCUCUGAAAAAUAACACUCUAAAUAAUUAAAAAAGAAACCAUUAGUUAAAUUGACACUAUAAGAUUUCUUAACAAAUUAUGAUUAAAAUUUUGAUGAUGUUUUUGGUGAAUAAGAAAUACCAUAACCUAAAGAAUAAAUAAAUAAAAAGAAGAAUAAAAAACCUACUUAAAAGAAAAAACCUAAACCUAAAUCUGAUUCUGAAUCUGAAUUUAAAUCUAUACCUAAAAAAUCAAAAGUUGUAGAAUCUGAAUAAUCAAAUGAAAAAUAGAUAGAAUAUACACUUGUAAAAGAAUAAAAAUAACUAAAUUAAAAAAAACAUAGAUUAACUAAAAUUAAUAGUAGUAAAUUAACAUCUGAAGAAAAAUCAAAUGAUAUCAAAAAAUAUGAUCCAAAUUCUAUUGAUCUACCUGAAAAUACUAAAACAGAUAAAAAGAAUUUAAAAUUAAGGAAAUUUUUAUUUAGUUUUGGUUUAGAAUAAUAAAAUCCAGAAGAUGAUUAAGAAUAAGAAUAAGAAGAAGAAGAAAAAGAAUAAUAAGUUGAAGAAUAAAAAGAAAGUGUUAAAGAAUUAUAAACUAAAAAGAAUAUUAAAUAGAAAAAUAAUAAAACAAAUGAUAAUAAUUAAAUUGAAUAAUUAGAUAUUGAUCAAAUUGAAAAUAAAAAAAAGAGAUCAUAACCUAAAAGAUCAUAAAUUAAAUAAUAAGAAAUUGAAAAAUUAAAAGAAUAAAAAUAAAUAGAAGUAGAUUAAAAAAAUAUGCUAAAUCUUGAUACAUUGAAAUUAAAUGUCUAUAUUCCAGAAUGCAAUCCUAAAGAUAAUGAUAAUGAUAUUAAUUAAUGA